AUGGAAGCUCGCGGUUACGGCUGCCUCAUCAGACCGUCCAAUAGGCAGUUCGGCGAACGGAUAAGGCGGGGAUCCCUGGUGGCGGCACAGACACCGCCACGCAUUGUGUGCAUGCAUAAAUUACGCACGGCGGCUUCAGCUUUCUUUCUCCCGAAAGGAAUUGAAGGAGGAGGAGGAGGCGGAGGAGGGGAAGGAUGGACAAUUGCAAUCAAGAACGCUAAAACCAACCCACCGGCAGAGAUGGCGUCCUUGUUUUUGCUGGGGAAUACCCUCAUUAACAACUGGAGCAGCAGCCAGUCAUGCUACACGCUGCUCCACCUCCCCCGUAUCCACAGCAGCAGCAAAAGAAGGCGAUCGGGCUGCUGCUGCAGCUCCGCACCGGCUCUGCUUGCGGCGGCGGUCAUCCUGUCAUCGCCCGCCCUUCAGUCUCCGGAGACCCUCUUGGACGUGCCCCAGACGCUUUCGGGAGCUGACGGCAAGCAGGCAAGGAUCCAGCGGCCCAAGUCGAGCAAGGCAGAGUCCUGCACCAUCAAGUGUGUCACCACCUGCAUCCGAGGCGGCGCCGGCUCUCCUGGUGAAGGACCCCUUAACGUCAGGAGGCCUCUUGUGGUUUUCAAGCAAGGAUUCCGCAGUCGCCAAUAUUGCUUGGCAGAGUGCUCGGACAUCUGCAACCGAAUCAAGGAUGGAGAGGAUGGACCCUGAAUAGACAUCCGUUGAGUCUGCAACUGUUUCAUGCAUCGCACUGGAAUAACAAGUUUGCGAGCGUGAUUUCCUAUACUAAACAAAUGAUUCACUGUAUUGACCGGAUGACAUAGAUUGGACGCACUAUUUCACAUUCCUUGUACCUUGCAACUCUGUGAAUACAUUCAUCAACCAACGGAAUGUAUAAAUAUUUUAUCUGCGCAUUCUGCAAA